UACGGGGCGUGGACGACGUGAUCACGUGACGGGCUUGCGCCCAACGUCGAUCGGAGCCAAGAUGGCGGCUUGCGGCGGAGAGUCUUCUCAAGCGACGCCCGAUGAUUUAUUUCAGAACUUUUACACCGAGGUGAAGCAGAUAGAGAAAAGAGACUCCGUGUUAACGUCCAAGCAGCAGAUAGAUCGACUGCUCAGGCCUGGCUCGUCCUACUUUAAUCUAAACCCCUUCGAGGUGCUGCAAAUCGAUCCAGAUGCAACAGAUAUUGACUUGAAGAAAAGAUUCAGAGCGCUAUCCAUUCUGGUCCAUCCAGACAAAAAUCAGGAUGAUGCAGACAGAGCACAGCAAGCGUUUGAAGCUGUGGACAAGGCGUACAAACUCCUUCAGGAUGCAGACCAGAAAAAGAGGGCUUUAGAUGUGAUCCAGGCAGGAAGGGAAUAUAUAGAGCACAUGGUAAAAGAGAAAAAGAAGCAGUUGAAGAAGGAAGGGAAAUCUCAGAUAGUAGAAGAGGAUGACCCGGAAGUUUUCAAGCAAGCGGUGUAUAAGCAGACCAUGAAACUGUUUGCGGAGCUCGCCAUCAAGAGGAAGGAAAGAGAAGCGAAGGACAUGCAUGAAAGGAAACGGGCACGAGAGGAAGAAAUUGAAGCAGCAGAGAAAGCAAAGCGAGACAGGGAAUGGCAGAAAAACUUUGAGGAAACAAGAGAUGGCCGUGUGGACAGUUGGAGGACGUUCCAGGCAAAGGGCAAAAGCAAGGAGAAGAAGAACAGGUCCUUCCUCAAACCCCCCAAAGUAAAGAUGGAGCAGAGAGAAUGAUGUACAAAUGGGACUUGAUUAACUUAAAAGCUGUUGUCCAUACUGUGUAACCCUCCUUUAUACACCCCUACCGUCUCCUUUUUUUUGUUUUCUCAUUCACACUGUCUUGGAUCAUACCUGCUUCAUGUAAGUAAAUAGUGCAUCAUCCAUAUCUUAGAACUACAAUCGUUGUUGACAUGUUUUUUUAAAAAAGAAAAAAUGUAUAUAUAUACAGAAACACAAAAUAAAAGUUGGUCGUAAGAAGCCAAUCUCCAUUUUGUGGCCUCUGUAUACAUCCACUUUGGCAGCUACUUGACAAGGCUGCAUUUGAUGUCACUUUGCUGCAGUUAUUUUGGCAUUUGUGUUUCAAUAAAUGACAGUAAGCCAGA